AUGUCAAUUGCAAUAGGUCUUUUACCAUCUCAACAAGAAUCAUUCGAACAUCAUGAAGAAUUAAGUAAAUUAUUAAAAGAAACGGAUGUUUUUUAUGUCCCAUUUCAAAAUGAUUUUCAUAAUAAUAAUCAAGAUUUAUCAGAUUUAACAAAACGUUUUGAUGAAGAUAUUUUAAAUAAACAUUUAGUUGUUACAUUUCGAAAUAUUGGUUAUUCACUUUUUCUCGAUUGUGUUCAAAGUAUACCUGAUCAAUAUGAUCAUUCGAAAACUCGUAUAUCAGGAAAAAUGAUUGUUGAUGGUAUAUGUAUUCAAUUUCUUGGUUGUUUUGAUUGUAAUAAUAAAAUACAAGAACAUUCUGAUAUUCACCAAAUAAAUGGUGUCGGUAGAGUUCAAUUAGAUGAAGAUUAUUAUCGAGAAUUAUCAUCCCGACAAGUAUAUAUAGAAGAAAAAUCUAUGGAUUCAGCAAGUGAAAUGGAAACAAUAAAACAAAUCGAAAGAUCGAUUCCUAAAAACAAAACAACACGAUCACGAACGAUUAGUGAAAAUAUUUUAGGAAAAAAUCAUAAUAAUGUUUUAAAAAGUCCACCACCAUCUCUCUCAAAUUCAAGAUCUCAUUUACAUUCACCAGGUCAUUUACCAUAUACAAUACGAUCACCUCGUACAAUGAGUAAUAUGAAUAAAUCAAAUUAUCAAGCUUCAUCACCGAUUAAUAUUGAGAAUUCAUCAAUAUCAAGAAGUUCAGGAUUUCAAUCAUCUUUCAUAUCACCUCCAUCGAGUGUUACAAGUUCAUACAAUGAUAAUCCUAUUGACUCAUCUCAACAACAUCAUCAUCCAUCAAUUCAUUGUUAUUCUCCAAAAUUUUCAUCAUCACUUCGUAAUCCAACAACAAUGCCCAUACAAAUUCCAUCUACAACAUCAGCAAAUAUUGCUAUUCCACCAGCAUCAUUAUCACAAAUACCUGGCUUUUUCUCUACAACUCAAUCACAUUCAUUACCAACUUAUUUUGUUCCUCAAGGAAAUUUAGCUUAUUUUAUUACAAAUCCAACUCAACAUUCAACACAACCAUUACAUAUAAUAACACCUUUAAAUCAUCCUUCAAUACAAUUUCCUAAUCCACAUUAUGCUUCAUUAAUACAAUCACAAUCAAGCCCAAUAAAUGAAUCAUUAUUAUUAUUACAAAAUAAACGACAUGAAAAUGAAGAAACAAAACAAGUUCAACCUAUGGAUACAACUAAACAAUUUGAAGAACAAUUACCAUUUAAAAAACGACGUUAUACUGGUCAACAAUCAUCAGUAUAUUCACCAAUGGAUACAAAUCAUCAUGAAGAUGAUGAAACAUCUAAUGAAUCAAUGAAAAAAUAA